AUGGAAAAGUAUAGAAAAAUUGUUGACGGUAAGGAUAGUAAAACCAAAUGGAAAAACGAACGUCGAAAUAUAUUCAUGGUUUUAUGCUACGAAGCAUUGCUCUUUGGUAUUGAGCUAACUAUAUUCGAACCAAGCGAAUACUUUUACUUUAAAAGAUUCAGCAACACUCAAGCAGCUGUACUGUGUUACAGCUUGUCACUUGCUUGUUCUGUGUUGACUGCGUUGAUAUCCUCAUUUACUGUGAGUUAUUUGAUACGUCGACACGAAUUAUACAGUGGGACGUCGUUGAUGUUAAUGUUGGUUUCAAUUCUCGGUUAUGUAAUAUACUGCACUGCAAGAGCACCAUAUUUGGUCAUUCUCGGUAAAUCUCUUGCUGGAUUCGGAAAGUCAACGAAUAUUGUUUCGUCUGUUUAUCUGCAGCGAUUAUAUUCAAACGAGGAGCUGGAAUUAAAGAUGAUUGUUUUAACAAAUUUUGUCACGAUUGGAUCCAUACUGGGACCAUUUUUUACAUAUAUAUUUGUGCUAAUUGACACCAAUCUUCAUGUCUUAUAUCUGUCUUACGAAAAUGCUCCUGGAUUUUAUUUAGCUAUUUUCAAAUUAAUCUUAUUUAUUUUGGCAUUCUUUCUUCUCAAUGAUAUUCCUGGGGAAAAUGACCAAGAACAUUUUAUACAUUCCAAAAAACGUUUCACGCAAUUGUUUUGUCACUCUUCCGAAACACACGACAAAGAUGAGAGUGCAUGCCAAGGGUUAUUCGCCCAAUGCACGUUUACAGAAAGUGAAGACAGCGAAAGAGAACUUAAUGAAACAUUGGAACCUACAAGGAGUAGAAAUGUAGUUUCCAUAACAACAGCUGCUCAGGAAAUGCUUAAUAUAGAUACCAGUUUGAUUUUGCUCGUGGUAAUAUCAUACGGCAUGGUUUUUAAAAUUAUUAAUACUUUAAUACCAGUGGAAUCUUCUCUUUAUCUAGAAUGGGGUGCCAAACGUGUAGCAGCAAUUUCAAUAGUAAAUUGUUUGGUUGGCACAAUAGCAUCGAUGUUUCUCACAUGGUGUAUUGAAAAAACAAGUCAUUAUAUUGCCAUGUUUGCUGGCAUGCUUGCUUGCGUGGUGUCGCUCUCCUUAUUCUCAUCAUUACCUUCAUUCAACCAACAAGAGACACCGUUUACUGGUAUUUUUUGCUCGAUGUCCAUACUGAAUGUUUUGAUGUCAUGCUUCAUCGGUUUAUCGUCCCGAUUAGUUCUAAUGCAUUGCGUGGAAAAGAAAUUUCGUCAGUUUUCAGAUGCAUUUCGCGCAUGCCUACUGGAGAUAUCGUACCUGAUUGGCGCAUUAUUAACCGCCGGAGUGCACAUGAAUUUGACUAUUAGUGGCACCACUCUAGCAGUAUUUAAUUUCGUUCUUUUUGUAGCAGUCAUUGUCAAAUUAAAAAAACUUUGGAUAUGA